GUUUUAUUUUUUAAAAAAAUUUGGGGAUAUUAUACCCUACAAGUGAAGCAGAAAUUGACCCUACAUCAUUCACAUGAUUCAUGAUGACUGGAUGAAUCUUGUGGUGUAGACACUUGGGCCAAACUACCAUCCUUCAUCAUGUUAAGCACUGCAUGAUCUCUUUCUUCACAUAUAUUCACUUAUAAGUACCACAUUGCCUCCGACACUUGAUACCUAAAAUAAGUUCUAAUUUUGUAACUCUCCAUUUUGAAGGUAGUAAAGAUAGGAAUGGCCUCCCCAUUAACUCUCAUCACUCUCUUCUCCAUUGCCCUGUUUGCAGGAAUCACAGAUGCAAGGACUUCUCCAGGUGAGUAUAAGCAACUUGUUGGCAAAGCUGAUGAAACUAAGAAAGAAGUGAUGCAGCAACUUUUCCAAAUAGAAUCUGCUCUUUCUAGCUUGAAGAAAAUCACUUCUACUGCUACUACUAAUCCCAAUGAGUCAUUUGUUAAUGAUGACUUUGAACCACGGCCCAAUGUUUCGGCCUAUGGGGACGACAGUAAGCUGAAGCAAGAAGAUAAAUCGUUUGUGAAAGACUUUGAUCCACGGCCCAAUGUUUCUGCUUAUGGAAAUGACAGUAAACUCAAGAAAGAAGACGAGUCCUUUGUCAAAGAAUUCGAGCCAAGGCCUAAUGUUUCUGCCUAUGGUGGUGAAGAUGCCAAGGUUCUACGAGAGUCAAAGCCCAAUAAAGCAGCUCCAUGUGAUCAUAACGAUACUGUUGGUCCCAAAUGAGCCCAAGUCUAGACUGUCCAUUCGGUUUAUCUUGGAUCCUUCUUUGUUGAGAAUAAUGAUAACCCCGGAGUUAUUGGGGGUGUAUUCGUUUCAUUGUUGUGCAUCAUCAUUCGCUUGUUGUUAAUGAUUGUCGUCUUAGACUGUUAGGUUGUGGAUUGUCUUUGUUUGAGCAAUUAUGUAAAUGACUUUGAUCAUAUGAUCAGAUCAUAUGUAUCAUGGUUCAGCUCUGUGUAAGAUAAGGGGAAAAAAUUCUCAUGUUUUACUUUGAAUUUUUCUUAGUUUGAUAAUAUAUAUUUCCUCUGUAUCCGAAGAAAAAAAACUACAUUGAAUUUUGAGAUUUUUUUAAUUAAAAAUAAUACAACUCUCAAAUCUA